CACGGCGGGGGACCCUGGUUUGGGGCCCGACUGAGACUUCCACCUCCGCCCACCGGCUGGCUCCUGGUUCUGCGAGCCCCCACCGACCGUGGGAGGAUUGGGAUAGAACCCUGAUGCCCCCCCGGAAAGGGUCCCAGACUGUUUACCUAGAGGUGCCCUAGGCUGCCAUGAGAGAGACCUUGGAGGCCUUCAGCUCUCUGGGAGGAUUCUCUGUGGGACCGCUGGAAAUGGCGCCCCAAAGUGAGCCCGGGGAAAGACCCCACGGUGUUCAGGAGCAGGCCUCCCUGUUGGAAGGAGAGAGAGCACUGAGUGCACAUUCUGGACCCGAGGUCCCCCCUCCCAAGGAAGGCACCCCCACAGAAGAAGCCCAGGCUCCGUGCCAAGGAGCUCAGGCCUGUGGGCCUUGGAAAGCAGAGCCGAUAAGCUCCUGCACUGGGGAUCAGUGGGUGAUUCGCAAGGUGAAGGUGGAGGAUGAGGAACAGGAGGCUGCUGAGGAGGUGGAGUGGCCGCGGCAUCUGCCCUUGCUCCCUGGCCCUUUCCCCCAGCCAGACUUUGGCCCACUGGCCACCACUUAUAAGCUGGAGCCUGAAGCCCCGGGGCCAGUGGCUGGUCUGGCGCUAGCUAGCUGGACUCCGACCUCGGAAAAGCCCUAUGCUUGUGAUGAGUGCGAGCGUCGCUUCCGAGACCAGCUGACCUUGCGGCUGCACCAGCGGCUGCACCGUGGAGAGGGCCCGUGUGCCUGCCCGGACUGUGGCCGGAGCUUCACCCAGCGCACACAUAUGCUGUUGCACCAGCGCAGCCACCGUGGGGAGAGGCCCUUCCCGUGCUCCGAGUGUGAGAAGCGCUUCAGCAAGAAGGCUCACCUGACCCGCCACCUCCGCACGCACACGGGCGAAAGGCCCUACCCGUGCGCCGAGUGCGGCAAGCGCUUCAGCCAAAAGAUCCACCUGGGCUCGCACCAGAAGACGCACACGGGCGAGCGACCCUUCCCGUGCCCGGAGUGCGAGAAGCGCUUCCGUAAGAAGACGCACCUGAUCCGCCACCAGCGCAUCCAUACGGGCGAGCGGCCUUACCAGUGUACCCAGUGUGCGCGCAGCUUUACGCACAAGCAGCACCUGCUGCGGCACCAUCGGGUGCACGACGCCGCGGUGCGCUCCCCACGGCCCUCGGAGAUGCCCGCCUUGCCCGGCUCCACCGUGCCACAGAACCCUCCUGGCCCGAAGCCUUUCAUCUGCACUCAGUGUGGUCUGUGCUUUGACUGGAAGAACAACUUCGCCACACACCAGCAGCAGCAUGGCAGCGAGGAGCAGCGCCCUUUUGGAUGCAAUGAGUGUACCUCUGCAGACCCUGCUGCUGCUGCUGCUGCCAACACUUUGACAUCUCCAGAUAGCCUGAUGACAACGCCUUGUGCCCGGGCCUCUGAGCGCACCACCUGCUGCCCGGACUGCGGGCGCAGCUUUGCCCAUGGGCAGCACCUGGCCCGCCACCGACGCACACACACGGGAGAACGACCCUUCGCCUGCGCGCAGUGUGGCCACCGCUUCGGCUCCAGGCCCAAUCUGGUGGCGCACGCCAGGGCGCACAGUGGGGCCCGACCCUUCGCCUGUGCGCAAUGUGGCCGCCGCUUCAGCCGCAAGUCGCACCUGGGCCGCCACCAAGCGGUGCACACCGGUAGCCGCCCACACUCCUGUGCCGUCUGCGCCCGCAGCUUCAGCUCUAAAACCAACCUGGUCCGCCACCAGGCGAUUCACACGGGCUCUCGCCCUUUCUCCUGCUCUCUGUGCGGCAAGAGCUUCAGCCGAAAGACUCACCUGGUGCGUCACCAACGCAUCCACACUGAUGUAGAACAUCAGGGCUCCGACGCUGCUCUCGAGGCCCCAGGCUGGCCCGCUCCCACUGUGGCGGCACCCCAGCUCUUCUUUUGAGCCGCGGCCUGCACCACAGCUGGCUAUUCCCCUUCUCUCCGCUGGGGAAGAAGCAGAAAGGAGACCGGCUUUGACAUCCCUGACAAAAAAAAAAAA